CCUCGAACUGCCGUGAGUGCUUCAGUGUACUACUGGUCUGUUCCACGCUCUACAAUCACUUCACACUAACCAUUUUAUCUAGCUUGUAUACCUUGCUAGACAUCGUUUCCCUCCUUCCUCCUCAUCCUGUGCAUGUCUCCUCGUCGUCUUCCAUAAUCUCCCCCAUAUUAUUUGUCUUUUAAUGGACCACUUCCCUCGACCUCGAGACCAUCCACCAAUGCAGGCAAUCACUUUCGCUCCCCCAAACCAACCCCCUCCAGACGGCUCCCGCUUUCUCAUAGACCCUUCUCAGGACUCAGACAGGACUGACUCUAAUAUCGCGUUCAUGAAGGGUCCAAAGCGUAAACGACUAGCCAAGGCGUGCGAUGCCUGCCACAAAAGCAAACGGCGCUGUGACGGAACAGCUCCUUGUAGCAAUUGCUACUUCGCCUCCAAGAAAUGCACGUAUACAGAUGCUUCGGGCAGACCUGUACCCGCACCUAGGCCGCGCAAAGGGGCUAACACAGACCCACCAGUCGAUACUCGUCAGGGCUCGUACACAACCUACCAAGACGGCACUCAGGGUAGCCAACCUUCCUUCAUUGUCCCUGCACUCCAGCAAGAGGAUGCACUUGGGAGCCAAGUCGACCCUGAUGAAGAUCUUCUAUUGCGCAAGCGAUUUAGGCCAGACCUUGGCCAGUCCACGUCUCCCAUCGAGACGCCUUCGAGAGGCCUAGCUCCACCGUCAUUGCCAAGCACUGAGCGCUCUUUGGAGCGUGACCCGUCACUCACAAGAGAGCUUGUGCACCUGUUCUUUGCGCACCGGCAACCUCAGCGUAUGGUCAUCCACGAACCUUCGUUCCAUUAUGCCCUUUCUCAUGGACUCGUCCCAUCUUAUCUUCUCCUUUCAAUUUGCGCUGUUGCCGCACCACUCUCCCGGCGUCCUUGUUUUAAGGAAGGGCGUUCAAGAUUUGCUGGGGAGGUCUUCUUUCAAGAGGCAAUGUCGAUUAUGUUUGAUAAAGACCAAAACUUGAUUUGCGAGAGAAAUCUUGCAACUGCGCAGGCUCUAUGUCUGCUGCAGUUGCAUGAUCGGAUGGCUAAGUCAUCUUGGAGAGGGCGAUAUCAUGUGUACGCACUCGAGGUCAUUGAACAGCUGGGCGUGUAUAAGGCUGAUAAUCCGAUCAUGACACCUUCACCCUCACUGGAAUUUAUCGAUGCGUCCAUCGAACGAGAAUGCGCACGUCGUGUUUUCUGGCUCAUAUAUAUAUCUGAUGCUCUGGGGUCUGUUCUCUACCGGCGGCCUAUCUUGGCAGAGGAAUCACAAUUGAAAUUACGUCUUCCUGUGGAUGAGACGAACUUCUUGUUCACUGUACAUGACGCCGUCCCAGAAUAUCUGGACAAGCCUAGUCCUUUAUCGAAAUCCGAGACCGGCCAGCUAACUCGUGUCCUCUCUAUACACGAGCAGAUAGAGAAGACCAUGGAUGAAUUCAAUGACCGCGAGUCUGGCAGACAUCCCGUCAACACACUGCUGGAUCUUGACAUGAAACUCAAGGCGUGGGACGGAUCGCUUCCCGACAGUCUUUGUUUCACCGACGAGAAUCUUGAUAUUCAAAUGUCGUUGUUUGCCACGAAUUCCAACGUGGGAGCAUGGUGCUUCUGUGCUAUGCACAUUAUCCACUGCUCGUGUAUUUUUGCAUUGAACCAGGCUAGGAAACGUUGUCGUACGGCCAUGCCGGGAGGUCCAACGUGGGCACACGAGCGUCUGAACAAGAUUCUCGCCGCUUUAGGUGAUAGAGCAAAAAAAAGUAUCCUCCUGGGAGUUGCACUUUGGCCUUUGUUCAAAUAUUGUAAUGGUAAUGGGGACGACCCACGGCUUUUGGAAUGGUCGAGCCAGUUUGAAGAGGUGUAUGGUGUUCGUAUUCAAGACCUAGCACCACCGGCACCUGACUACACCAAAGAUCUACAACCUCCACCGCCUGCGGAAGGUCGCAUGCAUCCAGCGGUGUCAAGCUCCGGAGGAUCUCAUGGCUCUACGCCCGUCCCUAGUCACCCAUUGGAGGCAGCGGCACCCCAAGUAGCCAUAUCUCCGGUAUAUGCACCGCCGGGGCGCCCAUCUGCUGAUGCCCGAUUCUUCGGUCAGCCUUCUUUUGGUGAUAUUCGAGCCCACGCACAUCCGCCUCUUCCACCACAACCUGAUCCCAGAGAGAAGAGAAACAUUGCGCAUGAUGCCAAUAUCGAUCCUGCCCUGCAAAUGCCACCAAAUCCUAGAGUUCACAUGAAUACGGAGCCAGUUUCUGCCGUAUCCGCACUAUCACUACCCUCACUGAAGUCGAGCGGUCUUUUAGAUUGGCAACGAGCCAAUGAAGGCAAUCCACCACCACCUGGUUGGCAGACAUCCGGGCAACAUCUCCCAGCCUCUAGCCAGGGCUCACGGGACGCAACUGGAUCACCAUUUUCUUCAGCCUCACACAUAGAUUACUCUACUCGUCCUACAGUUGCCACGGCUUCAACUAGCAUGCCUGUCGGCUUGCCGUGGCUGGCCAGCGAGUCGACUGUCUCUAGGACAAGCUAACAUUGCCUUGUUGCCUAAGUUCUUGAGCGUUUGAUUCCAUUCCUUAUUGUCACCUGUUAUGUAUUUUGUUCUGCACCUUGCACGCUUGUCGUUCCUUGAU